CCAAGUUUCAACUUUCACCUGAUUGCAGGUAUUCAGAAAGAAGCAUUAUUAAAUAAUAAUAGGGCCUGUCUCUCCGCCAAAUAGUAUAGCCAAUUGAUAUUACUUUGUCUAGGAAUCAUGACAAAUGCUUAUUUUGUUUAUAAUUUAUAAAGUUGCCCAAGAAAUGCCUACCAAGUAAGAAGCCAAAAGCUUCUCCACCUUGUCAUCACUUUUGAAUUUUAAACUAUAUUGCAUAUACAUAUAAAAAAUACAUAUAAUUAGAAUAUACCAGAAACCCCUUAGAAGGAUUCAAAGAAGAGUGACAAAAACAGACGGAUAUAUAAAAUACCCACUUUGACGGAGGCAUUAAAAGUCUCAUGCAUAACAAAUCCAUCUCAAACUGCUACCUUUUCUUGCGAACUAUAAACUUUAACCAAAAAAAUUAAUAUAUAGAUUUUGUCCUUAUAGAAUGCUUUGCCAAACAUGAUUGGAGUUCUGUCAAAAUUUCAACUUUCCAUUAGUCUUCCGAUGAACCAACUAUGGUUCAUCAUUUUGCUUAUCAUUUUUAUGAUUUCUCAUGCUGAAGCACAAGCUGUACCUUCAAAUUAUGAAGCAAAUAUACCAUCUGAUUUGAAACCGAGUAUUGCUAUUGUUAUAGGAAUUCUGUGUGUUAUGUUUGUGCUGACAUUUGUUCUUCUUGUCUAUGCAAAACUCUGCCACAGAAGUGAAUCUGUUCUUGAAAAUCUGCAGAAUCAGCAGGGACUAAUUAGCAGAAGCUCUCGGUUUUCUGGAAUAGAUAAGACAGUGAUUGAAUCACUUCCUUUCUUUAGAUUCUCUUCUCUAAAAGGGUCAAAGGAAGGACUUGAAUGUGCGGUCUGCCUAUCAAAGUUUGAAGAUUUUGAGGUUCUGAGGUUGCUGCCAAAGUGUAAACAUGCAUUUCACAUUGACUGCAUCGAUCAUUGGCUCGAAAAGCACUCAAGCUGUCCUCUUUGCAGGCAUCGAGUUAGCUCUGAGGACCUCACAAUCAUUGCCUAUUCGAAUAGUAUGAGAUUGUUGUGGAACAAUCAAUCAGAGCUCAGAGAAGACUCAAACAUAGAGCUCUUUGUUCAGAGAGAGGAAGGUCAUCGCGGAUCUUCAAGGUUCAGCAUAGGAAGCAGCUUUCGAAAGAUGGAAAAAGGAGAUAAGGAAGAGGAAUUGUUGAUCCAAGAAGAAGUUGAUGAGAACGAGGAGGACCAGAAAGCCUUCCACAAACACAACCACAAGAUUAUUGCGUCUGAUUUCAUGUUCAAGAAUAGAUGGAGCAGUGUGAGUUCCUCUGACCUCUUGUUCUUGAACUCCGAGAUGAUUAGCCAUAUAUCAAGCAAUCGAUUCCCCACCAUGGAUUCGAACAACGAGCUGUUCUUAACAGGAAGAGGGAGUGAAAAUGAAGAGAUUAUGAAGAUCAAGGAGGAGAUGGAGAUGAAAAGAUCGUUCGAGAGCAAAGUUAGCACGAUCAACAAGAACAGUGGUUCACUUUCAAUCCAAGUUCUUGAUCCUCCAUCUGAUUUAGCAAGCUCAAGCAAGACAUCAAGGGCUGUGAAUCAGGGUGAGAAAAGGUCAAUGUCAGAAAUCACAGCUCUUUCAAGAUACGGGAAUUUUGAUAUGAGUAACAGAAUUGGAGAGUCCCACUCAUCAAGAAAUAGUGUUAAAGAGGAAAGUAUCAGACGGCUAUGGUUGCCUAUUGCUAGAAGAACAGUCCAAUGGUUUGCAAACAGAGAGAAAAGAUCUCAUCUGUCACAGAAGACAACACAGCAGUUAGAUGUUUAAAUUGGUUACAUAACUUCUAAAGUCAUUUUUAACUUCGAAGUAUUUUCUUAUAGAUCUACCAUUGUUGAAUUGCUUAAAGCUCUUUGUAGAGUUUUAUAUGUUCAUGUAUACAAGUUAAAGGAGGAACAUCGUAUACACCUUUUAAUUUUACUUUUUCUGUUUGCUUUCAGUU